AUGGCAACAACCACAUCACAUUUGAGAACAGAAAAUAAUGACGACGAUGACAACGACGAAGAAAAUGGAGAAAGAGAAGAUAAUUCAGCAUUAAUGGCUGGAUUUGAAAUAGUCGCACUCGGUGAUGAUAUACAACAACAGCCUGACAUAAUAUUAAAUAGUAAUGCUGCUUCAGAGGAUUUUUCUUCUCAUAGCUACGAUAGUAAUGAUCAAAAACAAACUAAUCAUUAUAAAAAUCAUGUUAUACGUCCAUUUAUUGAUCCUGGAUUAAUUCAAAAGAAACCUAAACAUUUGAAUGAAAGUUGGCUUAGUGAUUUUGUUUCACCAAGAUCAGCACCACAAGGUGCUUAUUCACCAAUAUCUCAAGCAGUUAAAAAAUUAUUACCUGAACGAACUGCAUGUCGAUUAGGUUGUCGAGGUGCAAAUUGUAAAUAUGAACGAUCAGAUUAUUGGCGUCCAGAACAAAUGGCUAUUCAAGGAAUCUUUUCAAAUUGGAUAACGGAUAAUAUUUUAGCAUGUUCUCGUCCAACUAUUCGACAUAAUGAAUUAAAGAAAUUAUUUUAUGAUGCUGGUAUUCGUGGUAUAUUUAAUUUAGAAUCACCUGAUGAACAUACUUUAUGUGGUCAUGGAAAUCAUUCAUCAGGUUUUUCAUAUGAUCCUAGUGAAUUUAUGGAUGUUGGAAUUUUUGUUUAUAAUUAUGCAAUGGAAGAUUAUGGAACAGUAAAAGUUGAGACAGUACUUGAUAUUAUGAAAGUAAUGAGUUUUGCUAUGAAACAAGGAAAAAUUGCAGUCCAUUGUCAUGCUGGUCUUGGUCGAACUGGUUUUGUUAUUUGUUCAUAUCUUGUACAUGAAUAUCGUAUGACAGCACAUGAAGCUAUUCAUUAUAUUCGAGCAAAAAGACCAGGAAGUGUACAAAUGACUAAACAAAUUGAAGCUGUAGAAGACUAUGAACGAUUUUUAAUUCCAAAACGACGUGUUUUUACAGAUUGUGCUGAUAUGAAUAAUGAACUUUCAUUAGAUGAGCAUUUAAGAAAUCAACAAGCAUUUAUUCAUGGUCGUGAUUCGUAUAUUUAUAAAAAUAUUCCAAGAGUCGUAUUUGUAUGUGCUGCUCGUUUAAUAGAAUUAUGUACUGGUUAUAUGAUUGAUACAAUUUUAAUUACUGUCAAUCGUCGUGUAAAUGCUAAACCAGUAUUUAUUCGUGAAAAUUUACAAAGUUUUAAUGAAGAAGAAAAAGCAACAUGGGUUGAUUUUGCACCAUCAUUUUUUUAUGAGCAUGAACGUUUAUCACACAAUGAUUUUAGUCCAUAUGAACAGAUAAUUAAUUGUAUGAUUAUGUCAAUACAACCAGAUUUUCUUACACCAGAUCAACAAAUGAAAAUAUUAGCAUGGAAACAAAAAAUAAAUAAAAUAAAUAAUGGUAUUGAUGAAGUUUUUGAUGAAACAGAUCCAUGUGUUAUUAGUGGACUUUUAUGGGCAUGGUUAAAAUUAUUAAAAUAUUCAGUUAUAUUAAAUCAAGAUUUUAAAUUAUUUACUAAAACCGAUGUUGAAAAACCAACAGUAAUCUUAUCCAAAUUAAAUAAAUUUCAAUCUGGUACGAUUGAAUUACUUGCAAAAAUGUUUGCUUAUAUUCGUCAAUUUACAAUUCAUCAUGAAGAUCGUUUAUUAUGUUAUUGUAUCAUACAUCUUCUUACUCAUCGACCAUUAAGUGAUACAAGUGAAUUAAAAAAAUUAACAGUUGAUAAUGAUAAAUUACGUUUAUAUUUAAUAUCUGAAGAAGCAAAUUAUCAAGAUAAAAGACAGCGACGUGCUAUAGAACAUAUUGUCAGUAAUGCUAGUCUUAAUCAUGAAUUAUUAGAACAUUUCGAAACAUUUUUUAUUGGUGUUGCUAAUCAAUUUGAACAAAAUUAA